AUGGAGGACCCAACAGUGCAGAAGAUGGUUUAUCCCGAUUUACCUGAGGAGAUGAGGAAGCCUUUUACCUUCAAAUGGAUGCUGCAGAAUCCUGAGUACCGUCAACGACUUGAAGAAAUGUUAAACAACAUGGUUGGAGGCACUGAAUGGGACAGUCGAAUGAUGGACACCUUAAAGAAUUUCGACCUUAAUAGUCCUGCUGUUAAACAACAAUUUGAUCAAAUUGGGCUUUCUCCCGAAGAAGUCAUUUCAAAGAUUAUGGCCAAUCCUGAUGUUGCCAUGGCAUUUCAAAAUCCUAGAGUUCAAGCAGCUAUCAUGGAUUGUUCACAGAAUCCAAUGAGUAUUGCUAAAUAUCAAAAUGAUAAGGAGGUCAUGGAUGUCUUCUAUAAAAUAUAUGAACUCUUCCCUGGAGUUUCAGGCCCCCCUUGA